AUGGAGGUCAUAUACCUCGGCGUAGCUCUUGUGUCCAUGUCCAUUGUGCUCUUUGUUGCUAGGUGCAGCCGCAAGGCGAACGAGCCGCCGGGGCCGUGGCAGCUGCCUCUGAUUGGCAGCCUGCACCACCUCGCCCUCUCCAGGCAGCUCCCCCACCACGCGAUUUGUGAACUAGCACGGCGCCAUGGGCCGGUGAUGCUCCUCCGGCUCGGCGAGGUGCCCACGCUGGUGGUGUCGUCCAGGGAGGGUGCCCGCGAGCUGAUGAAGACCCACGACUUGGCGUUCGCCACGCGGCCCCUGAAUGCCACCAUGCGCGUGCUCACCGACGGUGGCCGGGACAUUGUGUUCGCGCCGUAUGGCGAGUACUGGCGCCAGCUCAGGAAGAUCGCCGUCUCGGAGCUGCUUUCGGCGUCACGCGUCCUGUCUUUCCGCGCCGUCCGUGAGGAGGAGGUCUCCUUCAUGCUUCGCGAUGUCGCGCAGGCCGCGGCGGCCGGGCGCCCCGUGGAGUUGCGUGCGCGUGUCUCGGCGCUCGUCACCGACAUCACGGCCCGCACCGUGAUGGGUGACCGCCGGUUCAAGGAGCGCGCGGUGUUCCUUAGCGCCCUCGACCGCUCUGCGAAGCUCUCAGCGGGGUUCAACCCACCGGACCUGUGGCCAUCAUCCAGGCUUGUUGGCUGUCUCAGCGGGGCCGUGCGCCGUGCCAAGGAGUGCUCAGAUAUCGGGAAUGGCGUCUUUGACGCCAUCAUCCGUGGGAGGACCAUGGGAGGCCAGAAGGAGCACAACUUACUCGAUGGUCUUCUAAGCAUGCACAAAGAGGGCAGGAUCGACAUGGACACCGUUAAAUACGUCGUCUUGGAAGUAUUCAGCGUUGGCAAUGACACGACAGCGACGACGCUGGAGUGGGCGAUCACAGAGCUGGUCAAGAACCCUAAAGUGAUGCAAAAGGCGACAGCCGAAGUCAGGCAAGCCUUCGAGGCCUGCGGCACCGUGGCAGAGCAUGCCCUCGGCAAGCUCCCCUACAUGCACCUCGUUAUCCGGGAGACGUUGCGGCUGCACACGCCCGUGCCGCUGCUCCUCCCGCGGCAGUGCCAGGAGCCAUGUCAGGUGCUAGGUUACGACGUGCCGCGGGGUACACAUGUGCUGGUGAAUGUCUGGGCACUGGCCCAUGAUGAGCGCUACUGGCACGACCCGCCCGACGAGUUUCGGCCCGAGCGAUUCGAGGGCGAGGCGGCUGUGGUGGACUUCAGGGGCACCGACUUCUCCUUCCUUCCAUUUGGCGCUGGCCGGAGGAUGUGCCCAGGGAUAGGGUUUGGCCUCGCCAACAUCGAGCUCGCCCUCGCAAGCCUGCUAUUCCACUUUGACUGGGAGGGUCCACCACCGGGUGAGAUUGACAUGGCCGAGGAGUUUGGUCUAACGGUGCGGCGGAAGGCUGACCUCCUGCUGCGUCCUGUCCUUCGGGUGCCGUCCCAAUAGUCUUGCCAGAAGGAAACCAUGAUUGUUAGCGCGCGCAUGUGUGUGUGUGUGUGUGUGUGUGUGUGGGUGGGUGGGUGAAAUCUCUCAAAUUUGUGUCGCGAGUCUCUGUGUGUGCGCGCGCGCGCGUGCGGCGCGCGUGUGUGAAAUCUCUCAAAUUGGUGUCGCACAAGCCCGCUAUUUGUGUUGGCCAUGUUUGUAUACUUGGUCAAACUCGGAGUUGUUACGUUUUCCG